CUCAGAGCCCCAACCCUACGUUCAAACUUCAUACAGAAAGAGAACCCAAGCAAUGCAUGGCGUGUUGAUGAGAAUGUUACAUGCUGAAAUUGAAGCAAUAUAUACAGGUUUUUUUCUUCUUCUCUGAAUGCUUCCUAUUGCGAGCUUUCAAAUUCACUAUCCAGCAGCUGAAAAUUUGUUGAUUGUUGAUGCUUACCAUGUAUUGUAAUUUUACAAAAGGGCAGACUUUAGCCUUUAUGGUUUGUACACAACCACCCAGAAUUUUCAAUCAAGUUUACACCUCAAAGCCUCAUGCUUUGCUAGUUGGGUUUCAUCCAAAACUCACAAAGCAUUCACUUACAGUAAAUUCUAGAAGUUUAGGAGCUGGUUUGGGUCACAAAAGCCUUGAAAAUUCUAAUUCAGUGAGACCCAGAAAUGUUUCGAUUGAUUUCUUCCAUGAAAUCCUAGGAGAAGAGGGCAGUUUAGGAAAACCUAGGAAUUUCUCAACUAGGUUUCGUCUGAAAAAUUCUCUGGAGAAUUACCCAUUUAUGAGAAGUUUCUCGAGUUCACAUUCGCAGAAAUUUCUUGAAGGCUGUGAUAGUGUGGUUAAUGCGGGAAAACCCCUUCCUUGGUUGGCUACACCUAAAGCUAAAGAAGCAAAGAGGUCUGGGGAAAUGGUGACCACAAAGACUAGUCGGUCUUCUUGGGAACAAUCUGCUGAAAAAUUCCUAAAUGGGGGAGGAUCCGGCCUGGAGAGCAGAGAAAUGAAUAAAUUUGAAUAUCGAGAAAAUGAAUAUAAGAACAGAAAUGAUAGGCUUGAAGAAGAAAACGAAGAGGGUAAAUUUGAGGUUGUUGAUGAUCCGAGGUGGGAUAAGAUCAAGAAUAGGUUCAACAAGAUUGUGGAUGUGAAACCUGGGUCAGGUAGGCCAGAGUUUCAGAAGUGGAAUAAGCAGGAAAAUUGGGGUAGGAAGACAUGGAAAGAAGGUACCGAAUCGACAGUGCCAAAGAUGGUUGGUGAAGGAAUUUAUGGGGUUGGUCCUGUUUUGGCUGCGUUGUCAGCUGGAAGAAGAGAAUUUUUUGCUUUGUAUGUUCAGGAAGGGUUGGAUUUGAGUGGUAAUAACAGGAAGAAGAAAGACAAAAAAGGAUUUGAAAAAGUAUUGAAGAUAGCUGAAAAAAUUGGGUUAAGCGAAAAAGUGGUAUCCAAGCAUGAUCUCAAUAUGGUUGUGGAUAAUCGGCCCCAUCAAGGCCUGGUGCUGGAUGCUUCUCCGUUGGAGAUGGUUGGUAUAAAAGAAUUAGAUCCUGUUUCAGUUGAGGCAGAAAAGGCCCCUCUUUGGGUAGCUUUGGACGAAGUUACUGAUCCUCAGAAUUUGGGGGCAAUUAUUCGGUCUGCUUACUUUUUUGGAGUGUCGGGGGUGGUGUUGUGUGCGAAGAAUUCAGCUCCAUUGAGUGGGGUUGUGAGCAAAGCAAGUGCAGGCUCACUUGAAUUAAUGGAGCUUAGGUCUUGCAAGAAUAUGAUGCAGUUCUUAACAUCCUCUGCUGAAAAUGGUUGGCGGGUUCUCGGGGGCUCAGUUUCUACUAGAGCUGUUCCUUUGAAUGAGGUUUUGCCUGGUGAACCCACUAUUCUUGUUUUGGGCAGUGAGGGGACUGGUUUGAGGCCAUUGGUAGAGAGAUCUUGCACCCAGUUGAUUAGAAUUCCUGGAAACAUUCCCAUGGAUGUUACUGGUGGGCAAGAUGAAAAAGUAAAAACUGCUGAGAUGGAUUACAGUUGCUCACUUCAAGAGUUCCAGUCUUUUAUGGCUGUGGAGAGCUUGAAUGUAAGUGUUGCAGCAGGUGUGCUUCUUCAUCACUUGAUCGGCAGCACCUACGAUAAUGAUGGCCACUCACAAGAGAAGCAAAACGAUGUAGUUGCUUUUGCUUCUAAAUCCUAAUUUUAUUGCACUUUCUGCUCUACAUCUGGAAGUAGGUUUACAGUUUCUUGUUUCUUCAUGCAAUUGAAAAUAUGUGAAAUUACCACUUGGUGAUAGUGACUGCAUUUGGAUAGGAAAUCAAGUUUCUCACUCUAAAAUACAUUCACCAACAAAUAUAUGUGCAUCUAAGAUAUGAACUGAAAGCAAAGACAUUGCAUCACUUCUAGAUAUGGAACUGUAUUUUGUGAAUGAAAUUUCACAUAGCAGACAAUCUUCUGUACCGUGCAGAAACAAAUG